GCUUCUGGGGCUCCAUGGAGACACCAGGUCCCCUCUCUGUCAGACAGAUGUCCCUGAGCCCUGCAGACCCAUGGGCAGACAUAAAUGGAGCAGGGAGCCACAGGCUGCAGGGUGGAAAGCCAGAGGGAAGGGGCUUGGGGAGUGAGGGUAGAUGACUUCAGAAGUUUGCCUGUGGAGCUGAGGGAAAGGGUCUAUCUUGGAAUUUUAAACAGGAAAGAACUGAUCAGUUUUUCAUGGAGAAGAAUUCAGGAGUGGGCUGGGAAGAGCUGGAGACAGGAGGGACCCUCAGGUGGGCACCACAGGGUUUGAGGGGCUGGGUAUGUGUGGAUGUUCUGUGGGCUCGUCCUCUGCACUCCUGAAUUUUGUGGGCAGAGGAGGGGGCCUAAGACCAUGGCACUGGACCUGGGCACAGCACUGGCCGCUCCUCCCCAACCUUCAAGAGGAAUCUGCACAGGUCACGGGGUCCCAGGUCACUGGGCUUUGAGUGCAGGAAGCAGUGGCCAGAGGGCCCUGAGCUGACCCCGCUCAACCUGCCCAGCCAGAGGUCCCACCUCCUGGAGCCCUCAGGAUAAUUGAGGCCCUGUGGCUUUUGGUGUCUUUUCUGAACAACUCCUCCACCUGACCCAAAUCCUGAGUAGGAGAGAUGAGCCCGCCUACACCUUGGUGUUUACACAGCUGUGGGUGACCCUGCCUGGGACUGGUGGGCAGCUCAGGGAACCCCGGUGUCCUGCACCCUGCCACUGUUUGCCCAUUAGUGUCUCCCUCCAGCCUUUGGUGUUCUCUCAACCCUGGCGCCAAUCCCCCCACAUUGGGAGCACAGGCUGUUGGGCUCCCCAGUAGGACACCUUGGAGGCAAAUGGGCUUUGGGGGGCCCUGCUGGCUCUGAGACAGCUGUGACAUGGGUUGGUACAGCCCCAUCUCUGGGGUUGUCAUGACUCCCUUCAGCCUACAUUCGGGCCCCAGGAUGGGCCUCCCCUUCCUCCUUUCACCUGUGUGCAGGGGGUCACAGGGCAUCACCAUCCAUGGCCUGGCCCCUGUCUCUCCUGCCUCUGCCUCAGAGCCCCCUAAAGGAAGUGUCUCUAGGCCCAAAGGGACAAAAAUGGUCGCAGGUCUCUGCUAUGUGGAAUGACAAUGUGAGGCAGGGCUGAGGGAAGGCCUGGGGUAGGGGCCCCCUGUAGAGGGAGGCAGGUCCCCACCUCACCCAAUGGGGAGGAGCCAGAUGAGCUUCUUAGCAGCUGGGCUCGUGUAGUGUCCACCUGUGCCCGGCUGUGUUCUAGCUAUGCAGUGUGUUAGCUCAUUCUGUUCUCCCCAGAAAUCCACUAGGGGAGCUCCUUGUUUGUCAUCCUUAUUUCUCAGCUACCAUGCUUUCUUGGGGGAGAAUUAUAGAAGGGGUCAUGGAGGUGGGGGCCAGAAGGGUGGCCCUGAGGAAGAUGGGAGCCAGUACUGUGCUGGAGCAAGGUGAACUGACCCAAAAAGGCCCAGUGGCCAUAGGCUUAAUGUGUGGGUGGAAUGAAGGUAGCCACGGAGGCUUGUGGGGGGGCUGGGAGUUUGGAUUUUGAGGUGUCGGGGGGCAGCCGCUGGAGGGCGGCUGGUUUGGUCUUGAAAAUUGUGAAAUAUACAUAACAUCCGCCAUUUUAACCGUUUUAAAAUGCACAGUUCAGGGGCAUUAAGCACAUUCACACUGUUGUGCAACCAUAACCACCACCAUCUGCAGAACUUUUCGUCACCCCAGAGGGAAGCUGCACCGAGGACGCCCUCACUCCCAUCUCCCUUCCCCAGCCCUGGCUUCCACCGCUGGCUUUGUUUCUGAAUUUGAGGCUGCUGGGUUUUACACAGAAGAAUGCGCUGCUAUUUUAAGUGCUCUUUCCGGUUGCUGGGGGUGGAAAGGUGGCAAGGAGACCCUGAGGGGCUGGCUGCGGGGCCAGAGACAAGCGACGUUGGGGGGGACAGGCUUGCCCCCGCGUGGGUGUGGACUGCGGGGGCGGGGAGGUGACGCUGGGUGUGUGCCUGAGUCACUGGUGGGUGUGGACUGCUUUUACUAGAUGAAGAAGCUGGAGUGGGAUCCCUGGGUGACCUGGCGUGCUCCCAGACUCCGUGGCGCGUCUGUCUGUCUGUGGACUCCAGGGUCCAGCGUUGUAUGACACCGUUCCUAUUCAGUCCAGCGUGGUGUUAUGUUCCUGCCCAUCCCCAUCAAUGGUGAGGACCCAGACUGAGUCCAGCACGGCCCCUGGCGUUCCCAGCGGUGGUAGCAGGCAGGGCCCCACCAUGGACAGCACCGCAGCUGAAUCCCGGCCCAGUGCCAACACGCUACAACACACCACACAACCGCCACCACAGCCUCGGAAGAAACGGCCAGAAGACUUUAAAUUUGGGAAAAUUCUUGGUGAAGGCUCUUUUUCAACAGUUGUCCUGGCCCGAGAACUGGCAACCUCAAGGGAAUAUGCCAUUAAAAUUCUAGAGAAACGUCACAUUAUCAAAGAGAACAAGGUCCCGUAUGUAACCCGAGAGAGAGACGUGAUGUCACGGCUGGAUCACCCCUUCUUUGUUAAACUUUACUUCACGUUUCAGGAUGAUGAAAAGCUGUAUUUUGGCCUUAGUUAUGCCAAAAAUGGAGAACUUCUUAAAUACAUUCGCAAAAUUGGUUCAUUCGAUGAGACAUGCACGCGAUUUUACACAGCCGAGAUGGUGUCCGCCCUAGAGUACUUGCAUGGCAAGGGCAUCAUUCACAGGGACCUGAAACCAGAGAACAUUUUGUUAAAUGAAGAUAUGCACAUCCAGAUUACAGAUUUUGGAACAGCAAAAGUAUUAUCCCCAGAGAGUAAACAAGCCAGGGCCAACUCGUUUGUAGGAACAGCCCAGUAUGUUUCUCCAGAGCUGCUCACAGAGAAAUCGGCCUGUAAAAGUUCAGACCUUUGGGCUCUUGGAUGCAUUAUAUACCAGCUUGUGGCAGGCCUACCACCAUUCCGAGCCGGAAAUGAAUAUCUAAUAUUUCAGAAGAUCAUUAAGUUGGAAUAUGACUUUCCUGAAAAAUUCUUUCCUAAGGCAAGAGACCUUGUGGAAAAACUGCUGGUUUUGGAUGCUACAAAGCGAUUAGGCUGUGAAGAAAUGGAAGGGUACAGCCCUCUGAAAGCUCAUCCGUUCUUCGAGUCCAUCACAUGGGAGAAUCUGCAUCACCAGACGCCUCCGAAGCUCACAGCUUACUUGCCAGCCAUGUCGGAAGAUGACGAAGACUGCUAUGGAAACUACGACAAUCUCCUGAGCCAGUUUGGCUGCAUGCAGGUGUCCUCAUCGUCCUCCUCCCACUCCCUGUCAGCUGCGGAUGCAGGGCUGCCACAGAGGGCAGGCAGCAACAUCGAGCAGUAUAUCCACGACCUGGACACUAACUCUUUUGAGCUGGACUUACAGUUUUCUGAAGAUGAGAAGAGGUUGUUAUUGGAGAAGCAGGCCAGUGGAAACCCUUGGCACCAGUUUGUAGAAAAUAAUUUAAUACUAAAAAUGGGUCCAGUAGAUAAGCGAAAGGGUUUAUUUGCACGGCGACGACAGUUACUGCUCACAGAAGGGCCACACUUAUAUUAUGUGGAUCCUGUCAACAAAGUCUUGAAAGGUGAAAUUCCAUGGUCGCAAGAACUCCGACCAGAGGCCAAGAAUUUUAAAACCUUCUUUGUCCACACGCCGAAUAGGACGUAUUACCUGAUGGACCCGAGUGGGAAUGCUCACAAAUGGUGCAAAAAGAUCCAGGAGGUGUGGAGGCACAGAUAUCAGAGCCACCCAGACGCCGCUGUGCAGUGAUGCCGGCGGCUGCUGCACUCGCUGCAGGACAUAUGCCAGCACGGCUCGCCGCCACCCGGGACGCUUCCAGACCACCUGCCAGCCAUCUCAAGGGGGACGCAGACGGCGGAACCUUGCAGCUUUUUAAUUUAAAAGAAAAGAAGAAAAACAAUACCCAACCACACAAAGAACAAAACCAAUAACGAAAAGGAAUUCAGGGUUGCUUUGCUUGCUCUCUGUGCUCUGUGGAGGCUUCCCGCACCCUCCUCGCCAUGGGAACCCAGCGCUGUGCACGUCUCCCUGGUUCCCGCCCAGAUUAGUGGACAGACUCGCGUCACCAGCUCUCCAUCGCGUGCCCCUGUCAUCUGCCAGUCCUGCUGCGGCUCAGGGGACCAGGCGUGUCUCUGGGCUCUGUCUGCCCCCAGAUUACUGUGGAACUCUUCACCAGGGAGCCGUGCAGGACUCUGCUGGGGUGGCUUCUGAUCUCUGUAGGGCAGGAGGGUCCUUGGCUUUUGUCCAUAUGCUCCUUUCUUCACGUCCCUAGUUGAUGGCCUGAUCCCUGUGGGCCCAUGCUCGCCUCCUCUAGUAGCCCUGGCUGCGAGAUGUCUGCGGUUCUUGCUGUCUGUCUGUGAGUGCUCUUGCCUUGUCAGCCAGGCAGGCUCAGGCGGUAAGGAGUAGAACAGGCUGUCCAGGUAAAAUACAGAGCCAUUGCCGAGGUGAGGGCCAGUAGAGCGUUCAGAUGUCCAUCCCUCUGAGCGGGUUGCCCCCUGGGGCCAGAAACUGAGUGCCUGCCUGGAAGGAGCACUGUUAGCGCUGGGCCCACUGAGUGCCAAGUGCACCAGGUGAUGGGGCUCUGUGCCCCCCCACCCCGUGUGGGGCUAGGGCAGUGGGGCAGACGGGCCUGGUCGCCCCCAUGUAGGGGAUUGCGAGCUGACAGCCCCUCUGGUUUGAAAGGUUGGGUGUGCAGGGUAAGUUGGCCCUGAGGGUGCCUGGUAUCUGCAGACUGGGCCGUCCUCCCUCACAGCCAGGGGCAUGGAGGAGGGCUGGCUCCCACACACCCUCUUUGUGCCGUAACGCUUGUAGUCUAACUCAGAGUGUUUUCACACAUCCACAGUGAAAAUCUAAAAGCCUUCUUGUGUUGCCAGGUCAUCUGGUCCCCAUCAGAUGGACUUUGCCUGGAAACAAGUGUUAACCUUGCAUGAGGGGCAGGAAUACCACACUUGAACCCGAGCCCCGGCCGUCUCACCUCCAGUUGCAGGGUGAUUUCCUUUAGCUUUUUUGUGGCAGCACCCUGCUCUGUACUAAGGGUGGUCCAGGACUUACUAGUCCUUUGAUUUUCUUUGCUGCUGCUCCCUGGACAGAGAGAACUCCUGUCAGCCUGGCGGGGCUCGGCCAUUCCUCUCCCUGCCCAGGUUGUCCCAGCGGGAAAGGAGCGGGCACUGCCACCUGCAGGCUGCUGCUCACAGACCAGUUUCUGUCCCCAGGGGAGGAGUGACUUUGCCAUUUCCUAUAAUUUUCCCAAAGGCGCCAACAAAAAACUCCCGCAGAUAAGAUCCCAACUACUUCCCUGCCCUCAUGUCCUAUCUCGAACCAUCCAUCACCCUGUGUGACCAGUGGUCCAAACUGAGAGGAAAGAUGUCUUAAGUUGUUUUAGUGAUAACAGUGGCUCUUAAGUUAGGAAAAACGUGCAGAUGUGGAGAAUUCCACUGUGUUUGGGUAGGGAGAGGGGUUUGGGUGGGAGCAGAGGUGGUAGCCAGGUUGGCCAGUGGUUUCUGCUUGGGCCUUGUUCUCUGCUCUGCGAGAGCUGCAAGAGAGCAAGUGUGUGCGUGUGUGCGCCGCAUGUGUCGGGGAUGCCAAGGUGUUGGGGGACGUGCCUGCCCUUGGGGCGUCCCAGAGCACUGCCCUGGGCAUGUGGUUGUAGAUGGAGGCCCCUCUGUCCUCUCACUUUGGAAAAGCUUUGCCUGUGUUCACCUGCUUUUCAAAAAGUGAGUCUGUCUUGACCAUUUCUUUCAGGACUUUGAUUUCAGGGGUACUCCUGUGUUUAUAUUUCACUCCUGUCAGAGCGUCCGUGUCUGCACAUGUGCAUUUAGGAGAGUUGGGAGCCUGCUAGUGCACAGCGUCUUUCCUGGGUGUCUGGUUACAGGGAAACAAGCAGACCUGAUGUUGGCUUUAAAAGGAGCGCUCAGCUGGGCUGCUCAGGGAGACACGACUCAUCUGUCGCAUUCUUCCGUCUGGAUCACGCCACUACCUCCUGGGCUUAACCGACAAGCUCCAUCUUAACCUCCAAAACCAGAGAAUAAGGGGUUCGAGGUUGAGCUCACAGCUGGCAGAACUGAAGUGACUGCUCUGCCUGAGCCGGUGACAGCUGAGCCCUUCUCUGUGGGUCACCUUUCUCCACUCACUCAGAAUUCUCUUUCCUUUUUUUUUUUUCUUUCUUUCUCUUUUUGGAAGCCCCUACAUACUCUUAUCCUAUGCUUACUCAUGUCAGCUUUAGUUUUAUCCAACUCAUCCUUUGAGCCAUCGUCCUGGCAUGCAGCUGCCUUAUGUUCUAAGAUGUGCAUGUGGGUGUCAGUCUGUGCACACAUGCAGGCAUACCUAGAAAUAUAUAGAAAUGUGGAUUUGUCCAAGGUGAGAAAGAAAAUGCCCUAUUGUUUAAUAGAUCCAGGAGCAUGUAUCUUACUGAGAGAGGUUAAGGACAGGUGUAAUGCCAAACCCAGCACCUGUCAAGCAGAGAUGGUCCUGCACCAUGUGGCCACUCUUGGCACAGAGGGGAGGGAGGAUGGCCAGGAGGGUCAGGGUCUCUACCGGCUCAGACAGCCCACUGUGCCUUGCUUCUUUGGGAACACGAGGAAGCCAGGUUUGGAUGGGGUUGUUUCCUUCCCUUUCUGUGGACCUGACUGGGCGGUGCACUUUGGGCAGCCCUGUGUGGAGCACGAAGCCCCACCCAGUGAGAGGCACCUCUGUGUACCUGCCACGCUGAACCUUGACUGUGGGGAGGUUUGUCACAGACUUGCUUUGGGAAAGGUGGCUCUUGGGGUCAUGCCGAAGCUGCUGGGAACUGUACCUGCCUCAGCCCCCUUGGGCAGCCCUGUGGUGUUUGUGGCGCAGGCCUGAAGGAAUUGCAGGAGAUGGCCUUUGGCACAGACCCCGAGGACAGGGGGCUCUGGGUGAUUUAGUACUUUAUUAAAACAUUUGUUUUCUGAAAAAAUCAGUUGUAGGCUCAGCACCCAGAAAAGACCACUGUGACCUUCUUGGUGCACAGCCUGCCACCCUCUCCUCCCUGCCCGCACACGUGUUUGCUUUUGUAACUUAAGUGGGAACAUACAGCAUAUACCAUUUUGCAUCCAGCUUCUUUCACUUAAUGUCACGUUAUGAACAAAAUUCAAAAACUUUGUUUUUAAUGAUUGUAGAGUGUAAUGGUUGUUUUUUAUCGUAAUUUAUCUGACCACUUUACUGCUCUAAAGCAUUUAGAUGGUUUCUGGUUUUUCACUAUUCAAAUAAUGCUGUAAUGAAUAUCCUUAUAAGUCUUUGAUUUUUAACUCUGAUCUCCUCCCCUUGCCCUGCCAUGCCCUGUCCAGAUUCCUAGCAGUGGUAUUUUGGGGUCAAAGAGUUUAUUCAUUUUAAAGAUAGUAUAGACUCUCUUCCUCUGUCUUGCUCUGAUGUUCAGAUGCUCAGAGUUCCAGUACAGGACUUCCUUAGCUGUGUCCUACAGAUUCUGAACAAAUCAAUUUCUGGUGAGUUGUGUGUUCCCAAGAAUGUUUGAAUAAGACUGCUCUCUCUCUCUCUCUCUCUCUCUCUCUCGCUCUCGCUCUCUCGCUCUCUCUCUUUUUUAAAAUGCUAAAAUGAUGUUAUUACUGGAGGCCAUUUGUGACAGAUUUUUCCAAAAGCCGAUUUCCUUAUUUUCAUGGAAAGAAUCUGGUUAUGCUUGCAUGUUACCUUCCCAUCCCUGCUGCUGUGGUUUUCAAGUGCUUGGUGAUAUUUUCAGAAUCUACUUUGUGUCCACAAUGGUACUGAAUUUGCAUCUGCACAGUCAGCAGAGAUAAAGUGUUGAACUGACCUUGCCACAUACUUAGUGGAUGAUUUGUAAUUAAGUUUAUAGACUCAGAAAGUACAUUAGGCCAUUUGGAAUCAGUAAAAAAACAAAGGCUCUACUUGAACAACCAUGUAGACAGUUGGAUUUUAUAGAAGUGUAUUUGGCCUGCGCUCCCCCCUCCCCAGUGUUUUUCAAAUUGAGGGACUCAGGCCAUCUUAGUUCAGUAGAGCACACUGGCUAGGUUUUUCCAUUGUAGAAUGUAAUUGCCCUGGCUGAUAAGGAUUUAAGGAUUUCUCCUCCCCUCUCGCCCAUAGUGUUGCAGGUUGCCUAGUUAUCUUUAAGUCCAGACAACCCAAAUUUGGUUUCUUUCUUAAUUUUUCCACUUUAGUUUGGGGUCUGUCAGUUCUGAGGGAAAAGAUGCAUGAGAGAUUUUUCUAGGUGCCAUGCUCCAUGCCACUUGAUUAUGCCAGAGAUGAUGGCCAGAUUGUGCAGAAUUAGGUCUUCUGCCCUCCCCUGACACUCCAAGCCCCCCUCUCUCCUGGUCAGUCCACAGACUGAGGAUGCUUACUGCCCAGACUGCAGAGGCUGCAGCCACCCUGCGAGCAUGGUGAAGGUACUAUUCUUGGAGAUGUUGCCAUAUGCGUUUUUCCAUAUUGUUUCUUUUCAUAUCCAAAUGUAACAUGAACUGAUGGUGACUCAAGUGGGUGUGGUCCUUCCCUCUUAGGCAGCCUACAUGGCAAGUGUCUUAAACCAGGGCAGGAGUCACUCCCAGAGCCUCCAAGGGGUGCAGGCUGCUGGCUCAAGAUUGCAGGGUUGUAAAUCAGGCUGCCUCGAGAACCGGUCUGGGGAGAAAGCUCUUCAGCAAAGAGCAGUUUUAUCUGUAGCUCAGACAGCCUUGCUGGGCAACUGAACUAGCCUACAUGUAUACCUAAAUUUCCUCCAGAACUCAUUUCUUCGAUAUGAAGAAAUACCAAACUUUAUGUACAGAGAACUUUUUACAAAAGGCACACCUUUUUUAGCUGUGUAAUCCACCCUAAUCUAACCCGUCUGGCUGAGUGACUGAAUAGGGGUCAUUUUGCUGGUGAAAAGCCUCUAUCACGAUCAUAAGUUCUGAUUGGACAUUGACAAAAUUAAAUUUUUUGCAAUAUUUAGAGCUGCUGUAGCUGUUCCUUAACAACACAAAAUAGGAUGAAUCAAAUAGUACGUUAGCUGUCUUUCAGGUUGGUGGCAGUCAGUUAGAACGUGUAAUAUUCUCUACCUGGUCUGUAGCUGUAACUGUGAUGUACAGGCAAAGCAAAAAUUAAGAAAAAAAAAACUUAUGAAAACAAAUAAUGCAAUGAUAUUAGGAUAUACACUUUUGUAUUUUUAUUCUUAUAUAAGGUUAUUUGCUGGCUAUUGUUGGCCUCUAGUUCAGUCUGUGUUAUUUAAAAUCUAAUAUAUGAAUUAUUUGGAUUGAAUUCAUGUUCGGGGCCACGUUGUUGUAUGUAUUGAUGUACAGCCUUGAAUGUGAAUAAUUAUUGUAAACUAUAUUUUACAACUUUUUUUCUGGCUUUAUUAUAUAAAUUUUCUAUUUGGUCGUUGAUUUAAUCAUAUCAUAAUUUAAUGAAUCUGUUUAUUCUUUUUUUCAGAUAUUUGUGCUUUAGAUGUAGUUACCGGAUGAUGAAUUUUCCACGUAUGCUCGGUAGUCUUGUAAUAAAAAAGCAUGUAGAGUGUA